ACUACGCAACUUCCGCUAACUCGCUGCUGAGCAAAAUGGACGCCUUUGUGUCUGUUUUCUUCGUAUUCGCACUAUAAAUACUGUUUUCCCCGCGAUGCACCACCUUUGACAUGGCGAUGUUUACGCGGUGCUGUGAAACAUGUAAGUGAAAGUCGUGAGGUGAUAUUCAGUUCGGUGCAUAUCUUUGUGAUCGUUGUAAAAGCGCAACCAUCCAAGUAGGCCACAACCACGGAUUGACAAUUGAGUGGAUAUCGUCUACGGGGAAAAGUUUUUUGCUAAAAGGCUUGACACGGUCAAACGUAACGAUUUGGAGAACGCGCGAUAAACGGAUACAUGUUUGUCUACGAUUAAAAUUGAUGCUCAUGCAAAUGUGUUCACGCUGCCCGCCAAAAUUAUAUUCCGCAUAGUACAUUCGGGAGCAUAAAUAAUCGUCGCGAUUGCUUGGGCGGGCUUUCGCGUUCGUUUGGAAAAUUCUGCUGUCUCUAAACAUCAUCCAGAGCUCAUGUUAUCAUAUGUAUGAUGUUGGAUGGUAGACAUCCAACGAAGAAAGGACAAGGGAUUGAUAAUCAUGGAUCGAUUAUUGGAGGACCCACGUGCUUCAUCAAAGUUUGGUUGAAAUUUUCUUUUACAUCAUGGGAACUUAAAAGAGACUUUGUUAAGUUCCCAAUAUAACUUUAGUGUUAGUGUUCUCUGACAAGAGUUAGAUACUAUUCCGUUUAAUAGUAGAAUGUGUUGGAACGUUUAGGAAAUGCAAGUACAAAAAUAAAACAGCAAUGAUUAGUUUGGGUAUAUGUGGCAACAGUGCUGCAUUUAGAUAUGUUCUGUUGUCUUACAUCUAUAUUAUAUCGCUGUAAUGCCAGAACAAAUCAAAUUCAAAAUGAAUGGGGUUAUUCCGAGUGUGCCAAUUACUACCCUCGCUGGUAUCGCGAGUCUCACUGACUUGUUGCCUGAAAUGCCCCUACCAACGCCGCUGCCCCAAACUCUGACAAACAAAUCUCUCCUGUUUCAUCCAAGAGUGGCAGAGGAAGCACAAAUAUUGUUAAGUGUUCGAGAUGAAAAUUUAGUGCCCCAGUUAAUAUUGUCCCUGUCACAAACUUCGUCGGAUCAUAUUGAACUGAAGGAUAAUUAUGCUAAUACUGAACAACCCUUGGAAUCAGAGCAGAAUACGCCGGAAUUGCUUAAAGCAAUUCUCCAGAUAAAUCCACACGUGUUCAAAGGACCUCAGUAUAAUUCUCCAAGAAAUUGGUCUCAGGGUACUCAGCAGAUGCAUUCUAAUCAAUCACCAGCAAAUUAUGGCCGCUUUUCACCAUCUUAUUCAAAUUCUUCAGGGUCCAGGCAAACGCCUCAAGGUAGUCCUGCUCAUCCUGCUGCAGCUAGAACUGUACUCCCACCACCUAGUGGUAUCUCUCACGCGCAGCAUCCACGAAUGCCAGUUACACCUCAAAAUCAUGCAGAUAUUUCACAAAUGUCUCCUUUUGCCGUGCCUUCUCCAUCUCCUAGAGGAAACGUUAUGACGGAGCAAACGAGAACAUCGACUACGCCACAGCAUGUACAGGAUGACUCCAAUUGUAUAAAUCCUCUGUCGAAUAUAGCUCCCCAACCAAAUAUGUAUUCUCCGGCUCAUAUGAGCUCACCCAAUACACCUUUGACAUCUUUGGGUAAUGUAACGCCUCAGCAUCAUAACAUGUCUGGUAUGACGCCGCAACACAAUAUGCACAUGACUUCUCCAAUGCGUGCAAACAUACCUGUUCAACAACAGCAAACUAUGAACAUGCAACAGAAUGUUUACGAUCCAACGAUGAAUCAACAAGUACAUCAUCCGUUGCAAAGUAAUGAGCAUAUGGAUAUUAAUAGCAGUGUUCAAGCUAAUCAACAGUUUUUACUCGAUCCAGUAACUGGCCUUCCUGACAUAGAUUUACCAAUAGAGAAUAUUGAAACAAAACAAAGCAUGGAUAAUGCUGCACAAGAUUUAUUGUCAGGUUCACAGACCACGUCAUAUCAAAACCUUCAUAAUGUUAAUGUUGUUAAUACUUUAGAUCAUACUAAUAUAAUGCCAAUGCAGCAUCAACAAAACAACAAUUCUGAUAAAAUAUUAAAAGUGCCCACUACACCAACAGAAAAAAUGAAAGAACCUGUUGUUAUGUUGAAUAGAUUAUCUAUAGAAGAUCAGACGCUUAUGCAGAAGAGUUUAGCUGCAUUCGCUGAGAAAUCUCCCAGUCGUGCUGCAAGGAUGGGAAUAACCAAUCGCGAUGAUGCAAAGAGUGAUUCCGAAAGUGAAGAAGAAAUUGGUAAAAAUAAUAAAUAUUUCAAAGCGCGAGCAAAGGAACGUCAGGUUCAAAGAGAAAAGGAAAGAGCAGAAAGGAAGAAAAGCGAAGAUAAAAUUCGUAGAAGAAGAAGGAUAUUGGAUGACGAUGAUGAGGAUGAAAAGAAGGAAGGUAUAUUUACACCAACAAAACCGAAAAUAAGAAAGGUGGAGAAAAAACUAGUUCCAGUUUUGUCUAAAUUAAGUGUAGAAGAGUUAAUGGAAACUAAUACAUACCAACGAUUUAAUUCGACGAUAGAGACCAUUUUUGAAAAUACAGAAGAUAUUGCAACCAACGCCGAGUUAGAGGAAGAUGGUGAUGUGCCUCCAGAAUUGCUUAUUCCUAAAUAUCAAUUACACGAUUUAUGUACCGAAGCGGCAAAAUUAAAAGCUUUAGGAGCAAUGGAGUCUAUUCCAGCGGAUAGAUUGGUUAGAUUGCUAAAUAUUUUAGAGAAGAACAUUCGUGACGGAGCUCGGGUAUCACCGUUGGCAGAUCCCGAUGACGACGUUGACGAAAGCAGGCUGUGGAUGCAGUUGGCUAUGGAAAGGGUACAACGUGCCGUAGACGCAUCACUGAUAUCGUUGCACAUUAUGACAUCAAGUAAUAUGCCCAAGACAGUUUAUUUGGAAGAUGUAAUCGACAGAAUAGUUCUUUUUAUGAAAUUUCAAUUGCAAAACACCAUUUAUCCUUCAUUUGACCCUGUUUAUAAAAUAGACACAAAAAACAAGACUGACAAUUAUAAUUCUAGCGGACGUAAAAAAAGGGGCCACAUGAAGGAAGUUCGCGAAAAGAGCAUUCUUCAAGUUUACAACAAAAUGCACGAACUGGUUGGUCUCCUUGCCGAAUUAUUAAAUAUUCAAGUGUUAACGGAUACCAGUGUUCUUCACGCAUCCACGUUAGGUGUUGCACCGUUUUUUGUUGAAUCCGUAAGCGAUCUUCAAUUAAGCGCUCUUAAGCUUGUCACCGUAAUAUUUACCAAAUACGAAAAGCAUAGAAGAUUAUUGUUAGAUGAUAUUUUGGCGUCAAUAGCGAGACUUCCUAGUAGCAAAAGAAGUUUACGCACAUAUAGGCUAAACUCCGAAGAUCAUAUACAGAUGCUAACUGCGUUAGUAUUGCAGCUUAUCCAAUGCGUCGUGGUAUUGUCAGACAGUGUUGUACCGCAGACAAAAGGAUCUUCAAAGGACGAUGAAGAGAAGAAGGAAGAAAAAAAGGAGGAAAAGAAGGAGGAAAAAAAGGAAGAGAAAAAGAUUAGCCAUGUCGAUGCUGAUGUUCUGAUUAUAAAUAAGUACGAGACCGCCACUAGAAUAGCCGGUAAUUUUUUAACUGUAUUUUUAAACAAAUGCGGAAGCAAAGGAGAAGAAAUUGAUUAUAGACCAUUAUUCGAGAAUUUUGUACAGGAUCUAUUAGCUACAGUGAAUAAACCUGAAUGGCCUGCAGCGGAAUUACUUCUUAGCUUGCUUGGAAAUUUAUUGGUUGGACAUUUCUCGAACAAAAGUUCGGAUAUGUCGCUUAGAGUUGCUUCCAUUGAUUAUCUUGGAGUAGUUGCAGCUAGGCUAAGAAAAGACGCGGUCAGUUCCCAAUGUAAGCUGUCGACGAUUGAUCAGAUUAUAAGAGACAUCAAAUUGGAACAACAGAAGGAUGCCGAUUAUGAUCAAGUUAAAGACAAGGAAAUCAUAGGAUUGAGCGAGGACGAAGAAAGGACGGUCUUUUUACAGAAAGUACUUUUAGAUUAUUUAGCCGUUAACGGUACGAAGGAUUCGGCAUUGGUAUACGCUCGACACUUUUAUUUGGCUCAAUGGUACAGAGAUUGUGCGGUAGAGAAGUCACGCGUAGGACAAUCAAAGAAUAGUCCGACUAAGAAGACGCAUAAAAAGAGAGCGAAGAAAAAGAAUAAACAUCAUAGUAGCGAUCAGGAAAGUGAUUCGGAAGUUGAAGAUCAGGAUGCGGAUGAAAAUGACAAUAACGAGCAGAAAAAUUCAGAAGCUUAUAGACUUAUAGAGGAAAAAAAGAAAUAUAUUAUUAGCAGAAUUAGACCGUAUAGUACGGGAACUAAGCCAGACGUUUUACAAACCUACAUAGAUUACAAUUCGGCCGAACUCAUUUCUCAAUAUCUUGCAUCAAAGAGACCAUUUUCCCAAAGUUUCGAUCGUUAUCUCAAACAGAUACUUCACGUAUUAACAGAAUCAUCCAUCGCAAUUCGAACGAAAGCUAUGAAAUGUUUAACGAUGAUCGUUGAAGCCGAUCCAAGUGUACUUGCGAGAGUAGAUAUGCAACUCGGAGUGAAACAUUCGUUUCUCGAUCAUUCAACAUCGGUAAGAGAGGCUGCUGUCGAUUUAGUUGGAAAAUUUGUAUUGAGCAGACCAGAAUUAAUAGAUAAAUAUUACGACAUGUUGCUAGCGAGAAUAUUGGAUACAGGUGUCAGUGUUAGAAAACGUGUAAUUAAGAUAUUGAAGGAUAUCUGUAUGGAGUGUCCAGAUUUUCCAAAAAUCCCAGAGAUUUGCGUGAAGAUGAUUAGAAGAGUGAACGAUGAAGAAGGGAUAAGAAAACUAGUUAUGGAAGUUUUUCAAAAUAUGUGGUUUACUCCUGUAAGAGAAAGACCUACUCUUGAUUCGGAAUCAUUAUUGAGAAAAGUAAUGAAUAUCACCGACGUUGUUGCGGCUAGCAAAGAUAUGGGCUUGGAAUGGUUCGAACAACUGCUGGUAAGUUUGUUUAAACCAAAGGAAGAUAAAGAUGAUAGCACGAAAAUGCAAACCGAACCUCCGAAGGCAUUGUUAACGGCAUGCAAGCAGAUCGUCGAUUGCUUGAUAGAAAAUGUUCUUAGGUUAGAGGAAACUAAUCUAGGUGACGUAGGUAAAUCCGAAAAGAAAGGAUCGUCACAGCGACUGGUCGCUUGUUUGACUACGUUAUAUCUCUUUGCGAAGAUCCGACCGCAACUUUUGGUUAAUCAUGCGAUCACCUUACAGCCUUAUUUAAGUUUAAAGUGUCAAACACAAGGGGAUUAUCAAAUAAUAAGUAGCGUUGCGCAUACUCUCGAGUUAGUAGUACCAUUGAUGGAACAUCCCAGCGAAACGUUCUUAGCACAGCUAGAAGAGGAUUCGGUUAAAUUAAUUCUACAACACGAUAGAUCGGUCGUAGCGAGUUGUUUAUCGUGUUUAGGCUCUAUAGUGAACAACGUCACGAGGAACUUUAAAUUAAUACGUGACUGUUUUAAAAAAUAUUAUGGUCAUCUGACGGAGUACAAAUCGUUAUACGAGAAAGAUCCGGCGAAUCCAAUGCUAUUGAAAUAUAGGCCAUUUUUCAGAAGAGCAUUGUUCACAGUCGGCUUAUUAUUGAGGCAUUUUAAUUUUACCGAUCCGGAGGUCAUCGAGGGUUUGGCAGAGAACAUAAAGGAUCAAGUAUUUGAAACAUUAAAUUACUUCGUCCAUCAAGACAACGAUGAUAUACGUCAUUUCACUUUAUCCGCUAUUGGUUCUCUUUGCAUAAGACAUUACGAAUUCAUGUUGGUUCCCGAAUUGAAGGAGCUUUAUCAUCAUUUGCUUACGUCAGAGAACGCUCUGGUUCACAUGAGAAUUCAAGUUUUAAAUAAUAUUGAAAUAUAUCUUCAGGAGGAAGAAAAGAGAAUGAUAAAACAGGACUUGGAAUGGUCGAAGAUGUCAAAACAAGAGAACUUGAAGGAAAUGGGUGAUGUUUCCUCGGGGAUGGCUAGUACCGUCAUCCAGCUUUACAUUAAAGAGAUAUUGGAAUCUUUCUUACAUGCGAAUAUAAGCGUUAGACACGCUGCCCUUAAAGUUAUACAAUUGAUUUUGACUCAAGGUUUGGUGCAUCCUGUGCAAAUAGUACCCUAUUUGAUUUGCAUGAGCACGGAUUGUGAGAAAGCCGUCAGUCACAGCGCGGACAAACAGCUGCAGGACAUCGAGAAGAAGUAUCCUGGUUUCAUCCAUAUGAAAUCACAGUUUGGUAUAAAACUAAGUUUUCGAUUACAGAAAAUAUUGCAGAAUGAUAAUACUGUGAGAGGUAUGCGAAUUAAAGAGGGUGAAUUUCCUGGUGCACUCAAUGGUUUUCUAUAUACUAUAUUAAGGAAUACGAAACAACAGAGAAGGGCGAUAGUCUUGUCCUUUUUAAAACAAUUCGAUGAGAGCGCCAAGACAAGUUUAUCUCAAAUGUUAUACUUGGCUGAUAAUCUUGCUUAUUUCACAUAUCAGGUACAAGACGAACCGUUAUUCAUCAUCCAUCAUAUCGAUAUUAUCAUAUCGAUGUCAGGUACAAAUUUGCUGCAGUCUUUCAGAGAAGCCUUGCUGCCUAAGGAAGGAAACAGUCAAUCGACGUCGCAUCAUCAUCAUCACCAUCAUCAUCAUCAUCAUCAUCAUCAUCAUCAACAACAGCAGCAGCAGCAGCAACAGCAGCAGCAGCAACAACAGCAGCAGCAACAACAACAACUACAACAACAACAGCAACAAUUACAACAACAACAGCAACAACAACUACAGCAGCAACAACAACUACAACAACAACAACAACAAUUACAACAACAACAACAUUUGCAGCAGGUACAGCAAGAGCAGCAGUUGCAGCUGCAGUUACAGCUGCAGCCACUUCAGCAACAACAACAACAACAGCAUCAACAGCAGCCGCAACAUUUGUUGCUGCAAGAACACCAACAAGAUCAGCAAAUGAUGCAACCGCCUAUGCAGCCGAUAGGAAUGGUAGGAUCAAGCGAGCAGCCUCGUUCUGAAAAUAUAUUGUCUCUGGUAGAUGAGGAAGACGACGAAGAGGACGAAGAGACGAUCCUAGCAAGAUUACCAGGUGACACAACUUUGCUCCGGGAAUACAUCACAGCCAGUCAAGGUUUUCUUUUGCUCCUGACAUUGAGGCAACAUCUAAAAGAUCUUUAUGGUUUCUCCGACGCGAAGAUCGGUCAAUAUUCGCCAUCGGAAGCGGCCAAGGUUUAUGAGAAAGCUGUGAAUCGUAAGAAUAAUCUUUUGUUCAAACCUAAAGCUACGUUACAGAGGCUGAAGGAAGGUGUAAGCAAUGCUGAACUCGACGCCGAGGGUAGAAAGAAAUUGGUGAAGGAGUAUUUGGACUUUAAACAGUUAAUGUUGAAGUACGAUCCCGAAGAACCAGACGAAGGAGAGGAAGGAGAUACCAGCGGCAAACAAUGUAACACGGAUAACAGUCAAUCACCGAGGAUACCCAAUCCUGAGGUUGAUAAUAAACUUAUCGAUAGUGCAGUAACAAGCAAUUCUUUUGGAAAUGUUCAGUAUCAUCAAGCAAAUAUGAACUCGUCUAUCGAGCAUUCGAACAACUCGAUGAACUCAACGAUAACGGCGUCAACACCGACGUCUCCACGUGUACCCAAACUUACUAUACAUCCGAUGAAUCCUGACAUGAAGGAACAUCGUAAGCAUCGCGCGCACAAGACGGAAAAGGUGAAGAAACAUAAGAAGAAGAAAAGGAGAAGAAUCUCCGAUAGUAGCGAGAGUGGGGAAGAUUAUAGUGACCCUGAUUUUCUAGUGUGAGUGCGGUGGUAUCGGGACCUGCGUGUACAUAAAGUCAUAUUCAUUUCGAAAUUUUUAGAACAUCAAAGGGGCAAGGGACUGUUCUGGUAUCUAUAUAUAUCUAUAUAUAUAUAUACACGUGUAUAUAUAUAUAUAUGUGUGUAUAUAUAUAUAUACAUACAGAUAAACAAACAUACAUAGACAUACAUAUAAAUGUAAUUAUACUUAUAUGUAUAUAUGUAUAUCAGAUCAGAUGAUUUUUAUCGAUGAUACCAGUGCUGCUCUCUGGACGCUCAUAAUGGCGCAAUGAACUUUCGUUAGGUGAAAAAUGAGAUGCUUCUGUAGAAGAGUACUAAAAGGAUGUACUGUAUAAAGUGAGAGAAAGUGAGUGAUAGAAAUAGAGUAUGAGAGCGAGAGAGAGAGAGAGAGAGAGAGACCGAGAACGAGAGAGUGAGAAAGAGAGAGCGAGAGAGAGAGAGAGAGCGAGAGAGUGAGAGAGAGAGAGAGUGUGAGAAAGAGAGAGCGAGAGAGAGAAAGAGAGAUGGUGGUGCUGUGGUUACGCGUGCGAGAAAUAUCUUCGAUGCGAGCGAUUACAAUUUUGAAGCACACUCGUCGUCACUCGGCGAGAUUAGAAUUAUAUUAUACUAUGUUCUGCUAAAAGCAUUAAAUUUAGGAUCUCUCUCCGAUGUGAGACAAAGACGUCCGGGUUGAUUCGAUCGAAAUCGAAUCAUUAUCUUAUUUUUCAUUGUCUGUCUCAUACAUAUGAUGUAUGGUUUUUAACGAUGAUCUUAAACAUAGCAAUGAUUACCAACGUUUUUUUCUUUUUUUUUCUUCUUCUUCUUUUUCUUUCUUUCUUUCUUUUUUUCCUUCUUCUUCUUCUUCUUCUUCCUUCUUCUUCUUUUUUUUUUUUUUUUCUUUUUUACUUUCUAUUUUACUCUUUCUUUCUCUCCUUCCUUUCUUUUUCUUCUUAUUUAAUUAUCCUCGAUCGAUUUAUCUCAAAAUGAUUUAUCGUCGUUUCAAAAAAUGAUGAUAGGAAUCAGCAAGACACAAAGCUAUUCUUGCUUUACGCAUUUUUAUUGCCACUCUUAUUUUCUUUUUACUUUUUUUUUCCCCCUUUCUUUCUCUAUUUCUUUCUUUCUUUCUCUCUCUCUCUCUCUCUCUCUCUCUCUCUCUCUCUUUUUCUCUCAAUGUUAAAUUAUAUAGAUCUUUUUGUUAAUUCUCGAAUCUACCCGGUCUUACGUCGUUUAUAAAAAUCGGCCCGUUAAAAAUUCGACGCGUGAUUAAAAAGGAAGAAGGAACUUGGUUUACAAGUUCGCGAGCAUCGUUUAUUUUCAUUUUCUUUCUUUUUUUUUUCUUUCUUUUUUUUUCUUUUUUUUUAUCUUUCUUUCUUUCUUUUUUUUUUUUUUUUUUUUUUUGGUUCGUAUAAACUAACGGCAAAUCAAUGGCAGGUUCGUUCGAGUUCGGAAAAUCAAUUCGGUUUUUGUCAAUCACACCGAACCAAGUUCCCUGUCGAGAAUCUAAGUACAAUAGUGCGUUAAAUAAAAAUACAAAAGAAAAAAAAAAGCAAAAGAAAAAGGAAGACGGAAGGAAGGGUAAAAGGAAAAAAAAAAAGGAAAAAGGAAAAAAAAAUUAUAUACAAAAAGCAUUGCAUCCGAACAAAAACUUCUGUAAAUAUUAAAUAAAGUAAUAAAACAACGUUGAGAUACGAAUGUUGGGUUUAAAAUAAAGGAAAAAAGAAACAAAAAUACAAACAAACAAACAAACAAACAAACAAAUAAUAAGUAAAACGUAAGGUCAGCGCUCGAUACAAAACUGAAAAAAAAUAAAAGUGGUGGUGAGCUUUCGUGCAGCGAUUAAAAAACGUUACGUUUACCAUGAACUUUACACGAAGCCUUUUCUUUUCGAUCGAAUUUAAAAGAAAGGAAAUAGCGUAAGAUCUAUGAGGGGUGGGAUGGAUUGGGAAGAAGGGGGCGGAUGAAAGGGGUAUAGAAAGGGUGGGUAAAAUAAUAAAAUACAACAGAAUAAAAUAAAAUUAAAUAAAAUUAAAAUAAAAUAAAAUAAAAUAAAAUAAAAUAAAAUAAAAUAAAAUAAAAUAAAAUUAAAUAAAAUAAAAUAAAAUAAAAUAAAAUAUAUAGGGCGGACCUGUUAGACUUGCUCCACAAUAUGUAUAAUAGAAGUGUGUAGUAAAACGCAUUGCCUAUACAUUAUAUAAAAAAAGAAGUGAGGAGGAAGAAGAAGAAAAAAAAGAAGCAAAAGAAGAAGUAGAAAUAGUAAAAGAAGAAGAAGAAGAAGAAGAAGAAGAAGAAGAAGAAGAAGAAGAAGAAACACAAAAAAAAAUGAAACGUUGUUUGUAAUAUGUGUACAUAAAAAUUUCAAGUAAAGUAUCUUAUUUUCUUACAAACUAUAUAGCGGUGACAUUACGAAGAAUAUUUAAGAUUUUGUUGUAAUAUUAAGUAUUUAUUCAGAAUUUCAUGUUGUCCCAUGAUAUAUAGUUUGCUUUACGCGCACUUGUCUUUGGUCUAUUUCAAAAUGGUAUCGUUUUUAUACAACAAGCUUAGAAAUAACUACGUAGCAAUCGACUCGCGUAUUAUUCUCGAUGAAAUAAAGGCGUGGAAAUCAACUGAUUUUUGUCAAAGCUAUUUCGAUGAUAUGUUUGUUAAGUAUGUGAGAAUUAUCAAAUUGGGGUAUCCAUAAACCCCCUCUCCUUUGUGACGAGGUGUGCCGCGAGAUCGGCGAACGUUUUGUUUUCUUCGUCCCUUCGAAGUGUCGGCUUCGAAGCGUUAAAUUCGAUUCGACGUUUUGAUAAAAAAAAAAAAAAAAGAAAAAAAAAGAAAAAAAGGUGGGGGGGAAAAGUAAAGGGAAAGAAGUAAGAAGAUUAAAACGGAAUAAUAAAAUCGGUCCGUACGGAAUAUCACGGAUAUUUCGUAGAAAUAACGUGUACGAUGAAUAAUAAUCGAUAAUAAUUAUUAAUCGAACGAAAGAAAAGAACAAAAGAGGCAGCUGUGAUGUUAGACGUAAGAUGGAGGCAGAUCAAAUGUGUAUUUCUUUCCUCCAGGAUAUUAUAAUUAAUCUUUUUUAUACAUUUAUAGACUAAAAAAAUUAUUCACACAAAACGACGAAGACGAUGACGACGACGACGACGACGACGACGACGACGAUGACAAAGAAGACAUAGAUGAAGAUGAUAAUGACGAUGACGAAGAUGACGACGACGAUGACAAUGACGACGAUCACGGUGACAAAGAAAAAAGAAAAAAAAAAAAAAAAAAAUAACUUGACAUUUCGGACGAUCGAAUUUCUCGCAUCGAAAUGGACCACACACUGCGAACUUUCGUCUAUCGAUUAAAUCAAACUCGAACACCAUUUAGAUGUAUAAUGUAAUUUUCACGAGCGUACACAUUCGAAUAUUAAGAUAUUAGAUGUAAUCACGUGUUAAUAUAUGUGAUUGAUCAUAUCUUA